AUUAUCAGGUGAUGUGUUGUAGGUGAAUCUCAUGCCUGUGUGUGUGUGUGUGUGUGUGUGUGUGUGUGUGUGAUCUGAUCAGCGAAAUGGUGCAGGAACGCAGCGUUAGAACCGUGGUUAGUGUUCUGGGGUUGAGAUGCAGAAGUCUGGUGUCGGUGGGGUUCUUGUCAGAGGCGAGGGCGUAACGAGGGGUUUUUCUGCUCGUCUUCAGCUCGUCUCCCGCUCUUCCCGUGUUGAUGCAGCUCAACGUGUGAUUAUUUUGUCUCCGGGUUGAAGAUCUAAUAAUAGAGCAGGGGAGAGAGGUGGAGAUCCCCUUUGUUCUCCAGCAGCGUGUGUGUGUGUGUGUGUGUGUGUCACAGUGAGAUGAGACACGCUUGUCUGUAUGUGUUGUAUAAAGUGUGUGACAGUGUGGCGUUGGUGUGUGUGUGUGUGGGUUUGAGUUUUGUUUUGAUUUGAUGAAGUGUUCAGUAACAGGACUAUCCUGUCUGGAAGCUUAUAACUGCUUAUAACUGCUUAUUAACCAGAAUCCAGUUUGAGAUUCAGUUCCUUCUGUGUAAGUGCACUACAUAAUAAGGGAAAGAAAUGCCCCCUACACCCUACGUAGUGCAUAAUGUCUGAUAGGGUGAUAUUUGGAGCGACUUAACCCUACUACCUAUCUCUAUAAAUCUGUAGCCGUAUCUCGAUGGUGGAGUAUUACGCUGUUUAGUGUGUGAGGAUGUAGUGUGUGUGUGUGUGUGUAGUUUAAAGACGGGUAGGUCAUGUGAUGAAGUGUGUAGGAGCUGUAUGAAGGGUUAUUUAUAACAGUGUAUAAGUGCACUAGUAGCGUGUAGUAUGAAGAUGAGUGUGAUGGACGAUUCGGCUCGCAGUGAUCCAGACGGAAUGAAGCCGAGAUUCUGAGGCGUAAGUGCUUUAGUGUGAUUCACAUGGCAGAAGGAGAUCCGGAUGUGUCGUCCUCCAAACAGAGGGAGGGAGUGAAGAAGGGAGGGAGGGAGUGAUGGGGGCUGUUUCCCCAUCACGCUGUGAGCCACAGGGAGUCCUGACACACACUAAUCGAGAACGGAAAGCUCUGCUAAAGCUCAUUAAAGCCCUCUGUCUCACACAGCUGUAAUCCCCUCGCUGUGGAGGUGUCUCACCUCCCUCUACCACGUCUCCAUCAUCUCCCUCCGUCACGUCCGUUAUUCAUGUCUCUCCACUUCGUCCCUCCAUCACAUCCGUUCUUCACGUCCCUCCAUCACAUCCGUUCUUCACAUCCCUCCAUCAUGUUCAUUCUUCACAUCCAUUCUUCACAUCCCUCCAUCACGUCCAUUCCAUUCUUCACAUCCCUCCACCAUGUUCAUUCUUCACAUCCAUUCUUCACAUCCCUCCAUCACAUCCAUUCCAUUCUUCACAUCCCUCCAUCAUGUUCAUUCUUCACAUCCAUUCUUCACAUCCCUCCAUCAUGUACCUCCAUCACAUCCAUUUUUCACAUCCCUCCAUCACAUCCAUUCCAUUCUUCACAUCCCUCCAUCAUGUUCAUUCUUCACAUCCAUUCUUCACAUCCCUCCAUCAUGUACCUCCAUCACAUCCAUUUUUCACAUCCCUCCAUCACAUCCAUUCCAUUCUUCACAUCCCUCCAUCAUGUUUAUUCUUCACAUCCAUUCUUCACAUCCCUCCAUCAUGUACCUCCAUCACAUCCAUUUUUCACAUCCCUCCAUCACAUCCAUUCCAUUCUUCACAUCCCUCCAUCAUGUUCAUUCUUCACAUCCAUUCCAUCCUUCACAUCCCUCCAUCAUGUACCUCCAUCACAUCCAUUUUUCACAUCCCUCCAUCACAUCCAUUCCAUUCUUCACAUCCCUCCAUCAUGUUCAUUCUUCACAUCCAUUCCAUCCUUCACAUCCCUCCAUCACAUCCAUUCCAUUCUUCACAUCCCUCCAUCAUGUACCUCCAUCACAUCCAUUCCAUCCUUCACAUCCCUCCAUCACAUCCAUUCCAUUCUUCACAUCCCUCCAUCAUGUACCUCCAUCACAUCCAUUCCAUCCUUCACAUCCCUCCAUCACGUUCAUUCUUCACAUCCCUCCAUCACAUCCCUUCAUCACACACGUCCAUCACAUUCCUCCAUCACGACAUUUCCAUCACAUCCUUCCAUCACGACACAGAGACUGGAUUUCCUCCUGCUGGAGCGGGGAUCAGUGUGAGGGAGAAAAAUUCCCACCGGGAAUUUCCUCGUUAGGGAACAGGAAGUGAAAAUGGUUCCAUCGCCCUCCGCUGAACCGCCGCAGGCACUCUAAAUAAAUGUCGAGGUUCAUCAGUGCCGUCGCCAAGCGCUCGUUCCUGGAGCAGACGAGUAACGUGGAAAUCCUUCACCGCCUUCGUGUAAUGCUGCAGGCAGUGUGGGCUUUUAUAAACUUUACAGUAACCGCAGUUUAAUAGGAAUCAGAUAAGCUAAAACUUCCC